GGCCUCAUUGUUUUCCGAAGACGCCAUGAGAACGUAUAAACAAACACGGUGUUAGCAGUUCUUCUCGUCCUCAUAGUUUGUAUACCGAUCCGGUUUCGACAUAUUUCACUUUACUGAUUCCAUGAAUCAGGUUGGCUGUUUCAGCUUGACACACACCACGGAGUUGAUCUAAAAGAAAGCCCGAACCUUCAUUUCAUCAUAAAGGUACAAGACCUCCAAAGGAUUAAAACGUGAAACCAGGACGAGAUCAACUAACCUCCAACAUUUUGUUACUUGUCUUUUCCUAUUUAUUAUUAUCACAAGAGAUCUGUUAUUGUGGAGAUAUUGUACUUCGAUUUUACUGAUUUGUUAUUUGAAAUCUGGAUUAAAGAAACCUAACUUUAAAGAUUUUACAAGGCUGGUUAUGAUCAUUUGCAAAUCUACUGAAAUGAUUAUAAGAAAUAUCUUAGUGACUAUAAUAUUGCUUACUCUGUGUCCGUCAUUUUCUGAUGGACAUGGUCGAAUGAUGGAUCCCCCGGCCAGAAAUAGUAUGUGGAGACUUGGAUUUAACAACCCUAUUAAUUACAACGAUAAUGAAUUAUAUUGUGGUGGCCGUAUGGUUCAGUGGAUACGAAACAAAGGUAAAUGUGGUAUUUGUGGAGAUGCUUAUCAUGGCAAGAAAGACCACGAGGCGGGAGGAAAAUUUGCUAAUGGAAUUAUAGGACGAAGUUAUCAUGAAGGCGAUAUUAUUCCUAUUGUAGUUCACUUAACGGCAAAUCACCAAGGAUGGUUUGAGUUCAAAAUGUGUCCUGUAAACGAUCCCAAGAAAAAAGUUACCCAAAAAUGCUUAGAUGAAAAUGUCUUGCAAAGAGCUGACGGAAAAGGGACGACAUUCCCAAUUCCACAAGGAAAAUAUAAUGCUUUCUUCAACUUUAGUGUCAAACUUCCAGAAGGAUUAACGUGUAAACAGUGUGUAAUGCAAUGGAAAUACAGAACAGGUAACACUUGGGAUAAAGAUGAUAAUUCUGGUGUAUUUUGUCUCGGGUGUGGACCGCAGGAAGAAUUCUACAACUGCGCCGAUGUCGAAAUUUUACCAAAAGGACAAAAGUCUGGCUGGAUCAAAGCAACUGUGCCAUCAACACGUUCUGGGUCUAUUGUUAAGGAUACGACUACCCCUUUUACUAUAUCACCUACAAUUCGUGGUAGUAGAAUCAAUCCAAAAAACAGCAUUGUGACCACAAAGGCAAGGACCACCUCAAGACCCCCGAAAAAAAUCGUCACCAAAGUAACGACUUCUAAGAUCACGACGCCUAAACCGUCAAAACUUGGCAAAUUCAAAGAAAAACUGCGCACGAAAAAAACCAACAAAAAAGACAAAACCUCGUCACAAACUUACCUAAUCCAACCCCAGGCUGAGGUUGGUAAGCCCAGAUACAGGUGGAAGGCAGCAGCUAAACCGAACAAACUUUCGAAAUGGCUGAGGAAUAAAUCUCAACAAUCCACAACAGAAAGACCAAAAUCUACCUUCAGUAAGCCAAAGAAAACCAAAUUACCCUCAUGGCUGAUUAAUACGAGAAAAAUUCAAGAAAGGCGACGUAAAUUGAUAGCAAAAAGACAAGAAUUGUUGAAAAGGCAGGAAGCUUUACGUAAGCAGAAAUUACAGAGACGUCAGCAAAAACUGAAACGUUACUGGCCAAGAACUACUACUAGUACAACAACACCAACGCCAACGACCACACGGCGACAAACAACCACCGCUAAACCAGCGAAACGCAACAAGGAACCAACACCACCCUGUAAAACCGCAAAUGAAAAGAGUGUUCGUGUAGCCGAAGAUCUAUCAAAAUCAAUGAUGGCGAGCACAGAUAUCCCCGAUUCGCCUGCUCUUGGUCUUCGAAAUGGCUAUCCGCAUAUCCAAGCUCCUUCGCCUACUUCAUCUAGUGUUACAGCUCGAUCACCCGUGUUUAUCACAAGACACCCAAAAGAUAUUGUGGAUCAUGGGCAUAAAGGGGUGGCACCGAAAAUACGUCUCUCUGAUAAUUACGAGUACGCCAAUAAUGGAAUGAAUACGUUGAAUAAAGAUUCGACUCACGGACCUGAAUAUGUUAUCGAAUAUCCCGAACAUCCAGUAAUAGAAAAUGCGCAACCAGAGCAUUCCCAAGUUCAUCGUCAUCGCCUACCUUUCCGAUCAAGCAGUCCCUUUGCUAACCCAAGUAGUCCUCAUGCUAAUCCGUUGAUAAGUUACUGGUGGAACCAAUAUCAAAGGCCUAUUCUUAAUCUAUGGAAUAACGUGCGCCCUCUAUUGAAGUGUCAUGCUACCAUUACUCUUGGGGGUGGUAUGGAUGAAUGGUGUACUGCUAACUGUAAUGCCAAUUUCUGCCCGGGUGGCAUGUGUGUUUGUCAACCUGAGAGGUCCGUUUAUCCAACGUAUUCUGUAUAUCCACCACAAGCGCAAGGUUGGAUGAAUAGCUAUACACCUAACGGGGGCAUCGAUACUCCCCAACCUGUACCAAUGCGAAAUCCAUAUCUCUUACAUCGGGAACAAAGAAGACAACUAGAAGCAUAUAAACGACAAAAUAUUAAACAACAACAGCAGUCACCUACGUAUACAGGACGUAAUACAAUCCACCGAAAUGUUGUCGUAGAAGAACCCGAUCAUAUAAUAAGGAAACAAUUUGCACCAACGAUCAGGGCUAAAGUAACAAGUCAACCACAAGAAUCAAAUCAAAUAGUACCAAAUGUUCAUGCAAAAGUUCAAAAACGGUCAACAUCGUCAACGAAAUCGACGACAGAAACACCUUCAGCCACAACUCCGAUUCCGACAACCACGACUGAGAUCGUAAAAACGACACAAACAACAACAGCCAUACCCACAACCACUUCGCCAACGCUAUUAACAACAACCACAAGCAAUACAACCCCAGCAAACAAAUCAUCCGUUUUACCCACUACCUCAACACGACCAAAGUCACAUUCAGUAUCAUUUAAAGCAUCGGAAAAGUGGGACCGAGCUCCGAAGCGCACAUCUACAACAUGGGUUAUUAAUACACUAAAAAGUUCUAGAAAGAGCAUGGCCCCCAAAACGACAACAAAACAAAGUAUUGUCCAUGACAAACGCCACAAAGCACCCCUGUCUUCUGGUAAAGAAGUUGUAAAAAGUCAGAACAAACGGAACAAAUUCAGAUCCAAAAUACACUUUUGGAGAAGGAAAAAGAACUAUAAUUGCCACGCGAUCGGGCGAUAUUCCGGCUUGAAGCGAUUUGACAAUUGGUGCAGUGAGAAUUGUAUGCAGACGAUAUGUCCGCUGUUAAUUUGUCAGUGUGAAAUUAUUUAAUAAGGGACGGUAUUUAAUUAGACAUUAUAAACUAAGGUAAUAAUUUUUUUGUAAACCAUAUACAUAUCAAAUCUUUAUCUGGACUAUUCCUAACAACAAGAUAACGGGUCGGGAUAUGUAGAGAACCAAUACAGUAUCUUAUAAUCCUUGUAUAUAUAAUCCAAUGUACAGUUUUAUACCAUAUAAUGCAGAUAAUAUGUAAAUAUGUAGAUGGAUCAAACUUUUAUACCAACACAGAUCAGUACGUCCAAAUUGAAUUGUGGACUGAUUCCAGAAACUCACUGAUUUUAUCCGUGAUUUCCAUGUGAUAUUUGUGUGCGAGCUUAUGUGAAACUGUGGAAAAUAUAAUGGGACACAUGAGUUGCUAUGUGUCCAUUGCUUGUGUAGAUGAGCAGCAGAAUCUGGUCCUCGAUGUUGUUAUAGAAAUCCUGAUGUUCCAGAGUCCAGACACAUACCUCCUGUAUGGUAUGGUUUUCAAACCUUUUUGUUUAAGCUCACCAGUAUGUAAGUAUUCCAGUUUGAACGAAAUGCAGGGGCUUUUUGAGUGAAAUGACCGGAGUUACCUGGUGAUUGAAAAUAUGUUGGUUAUCCUUUUUGAAUGCUACUUUUCACUUUGACUUAGCCUAAGUUUCCUAUUUAAUAUAGAUAGAUGUAAAUUGUAAACCCAAACACAACCGACCCUGACUAAUGGUCAAACACAUAGACAAAGAAAUCAAAUCGCAAAAAAAAAUCCACAAUGAAAAAAAGAUGAUCACGCAAUUUCGUCCACAUUCUUUUUUAUUGGAGGCCACUUUACAAUGUUUUUUUUAUCUUCAUGGUGCAUCCAAGUUAUAACAUUCUGAAAAUAUGUAUAUCGAAAAGGAAACAAAGACUAAUGAUAAUGAUUGAUCAAAUAGCAUGCAAAUAUGAGUUUUGUGCUUGUUCUAUUUCAAUUCUGUGUUUGCCAGUCGUAGUGUUACGUAAAGAUAUAUCACUGGCAAACAAGGAGACAAAAGUCAAAUGUUUGAAGCUUCAAACUUUUGCGCGAUUAUAACUGUAUAUUAUACCCACAUACUGCACACAGUAUCGGUGACAAUUUCACUAAUUAUAAGCAUGAAACUUGAAAAAUUAUGGCUUCCAUAAUUAUAAACGGAGGCAAACUAAAUCGUCUUUUACGAUGUUGCUUGAAUUGUUUAAGGCAUGGAGAAUCUUAUUUAUGGUUUAAAAAGAAUAAUUUAGUAUUUAGUUUUUGCAUAUUCGGUUGGUUUUUUAUUUUUGUUUUUUGCGGAAAAUUUCUUCGGACGUUUUUGGCGAGUUCAUUUUUGAGAACUUUGAUUGCAUGCGAUUUGAACUUUGGGGAAUUAGAACUUUUGACCUUUCACACAGGUACCAUGGUUAAUAUUGUUCUAGCACUUUGUAUUCUCAUUAUUUUUCGUAUAGAAUCAAGAGUUUCGUUGCAGUCUUCGCUUUGUUUCGUCUAACAGCCGUGUAAAAAGAUAUUCGCUAUACCCGAAAGGUAUUUCAACAAUCGCGCUAAUUUCGCUAUCGCGGUAUUUAUGAAAUAUAUGUAUAUAUGUAAUCUUUCUCUACAGUGUAAAUAGUGUAAAUGGAAGAACUAACAAUUACUACAUAAGGACAUUUUUAAGUCCAAGAAAAAUAACAAAAAAUAAGCCGGUGAAUGAACUAUAAAAUUCAUGUAUAUACCCAUCGCAUUAAUUUGUUAAUCUUCUUAUAUAUUGUAUAUAAAUAACUACGGGAUGGAUUGCUCUGUACAUAAAUUAUUUUAUACCUUUCAUACUUGUAUUAAAUAUUUACAAUAAUAUAUAUAAAAAAUGACUUACUUUUUAUUACGAAGUAUGAAAGAAAGAAGAUACGGAUGGGCUGGAUUUUUUUUUAUCUGAACCAAAACCAAUCAAACCUUUUAUUUCAUUUCUUAAAAGUAACUUUCAAAAUAAAUGUAAAUACAUUUACUUAUCUCCAUUUGGUACGGAAAAUUAGUCAUUGGGUUCGUGAUUAAAAGUAAAAAAGUACACUAGUAUUUACCAUUCUUCUCUUCUUUCUUUCUUUCACAAAUCCAGUUUAGAAGAGGUAGGUGGCGGAAUUCUAUCUAUAUUUUGUGUUAUUUUGUUAUAACAAUGCAAUGGGUGGGCAGGGUUUCGAAGUGAACGGGUUAAAGCUUGGAUGAAGGUAAGAGAUGUGUGAAGAAAUCUCUAAAUCUCUUACCGGGAUUUUCAUUCCUUGGUUUAAAUAUAAUAUAUCAUUAAGAUGCUCUUGUCAGAAAUAUUUUCAUUAAAUUUGUAAUAGACAUCGGUGAUGAAUAAUUUUUUUAAGUAACUGCACAAAUCAUAGCCAUUUUAGGGGGUUGGGUGGCCGAAUGGUUAACUGUUGCGCGAAGCAUCAUAAGGGUUGUUAUUGAAUCAAUUGACGUGGUUUCGAUUGUUCGGUUGUACGUGACCUCGUGGGUUGUCUCCGGGUCCUCCGGUUUCCUCCCACUGCUAAAGACCCCUUCGCACUCGCAAAUUAUUGAAAUAUAAUAGAACCAUGUUAGUCCCGAAAUGACUUAGUCCCGAAAUGACUUAGUUUGUGUCGAGUGGGCGUUAAAUCCCAUUUCUCUAGCUCUCUCUCAUAGCCAUUUUGGAAGUUAAAAUAUACUAUGUUUAAACCAAAGGAUGUUUAACGGGAAAUUCAGAAUUGCGUAGAUAAUACUCAAAAUACAUGUAAUGGGUUUUCAUUAACAAAAACCUUGCUUUCUUUUUUUUGCAAUGUGAAAUAAUUACUUCGGGUCUUCUUUUUUUACGAAAACUAAGACAAAGGAAAUAAAAAAAAGCAGUAUUAUUAAACAUAUUUUAGCAUAAGUGUUUAAUAAUAGUCUGUUUUUAAAGAUUUGGUUCAGUAUUUUGAGAAAUUUGUUGACUAACAUAAUAUAGGAAAUACUUUUAAUUUAUAAACUUAAAAAUUGCCUGACUGUAGCCAUCGAUCUAUCGUAUGCAAUUACUAUGCAAUUAUGAGUUUCCCUAUAACCGAUCUGUAAUCAAAUCACGUUUUCAAAGAAAAGACGAUGCCAUUCUGGAUUACGAGGAACGGCUUUAACACCUCACCCCCUUGCACAUCACCUAACCACCUAUAUUGAUAACAAAUUACUAUUAGACAAUUUAACACAAUUAACAAUUUUUGGAUUAACACAAUUUGACCAGUAUUGGUAUUAAAUUGGUUCAGUUUGGCUUAUGAGUAGAUGGUGGUCUAGGAUUGUAUACUGUUUUAAUAUGGUUCUGUGUAGGUGAGUACCGUUAGUUUAUAGUUGUUUUGGGUUGAGUGAAAGUCUUGAGUGUUUUGUUCUUCCAGAUGUUACCGGACAUUGCUGUAAACCUUUAUAACAACAGAUAUUAUGAAUGAUGUCUCAUUUUUUCUAGAUAUCGGACUCAGAUGUAUUUCAAUCUAAAAGUUUGAUAAAAUAAACCAUAAGAAAAUGUAAAAUGAUAAACCUGUUUGAUUUAGGUCAAAAUGAAGUAAUGGAUUGGGUCAAUCUAUAAAUUGAAUAUUCACUUAGUAAGAUAUAGUGGAUGUUGGUUUGUUUAAUUUCGACUUUUAUGAACAUCCAGCUAAUAGAAACCCAUAAAAUUCAAUCCCAUCGAUGGUUUUAUUUUUGGUUCAUAUCAAAGAGAUUCAACUGUUUUAACAUGAUACAGUUAUCUCUGUUUUGAAAAUAGCAAUUGGUUUUAGCUAAUAUACGGUAACAUCUGUAUUGGUCAUCUGUGGAUUUAACAGUAGAAGAGGUAUUGUCUUAGAGGUAGUGGUAAGAUUUAAAGUGUUUUUGUCUUCAUUAUUGUUUUGUUGUUUAGUCGAUUUCCGCGUUCGUUGCGUUCCUCUGUCGUCCAUUUGAUUAGUAGAAUUUGAGUAUCGCGACGGCUGUUGUUUUUCGUUCCAUUCUUAUCGGCAGUUGAUCACAAAGGUUAGUAUCUGGAGAAUCAAUUACAGAUUCUUUCUUUUUUUCGACACAAGAGAAUAUAUUUGUUUCAGUUUCAUAUGUGGAAAUUACUAAUACAUGGUUAACAAAUAUAUAUAGUGAGAGAUGGUACCCAUUAAUUGCAGAAUGACCCUUCCUUAUUCCGUGCUUAGUCAACAGGUUGAUGUGCAGUAACAGUUAAUGAAUCUAGUUUUAGCCUUUUUAAAAAAAUAUGUGGUAGUCUUUUAUAUAUAAGUGACCUUGAUUACAUAGGUGUAAUCAUUCCAGAGGAAGACCGGUCGGUAAAACCUCAUGGGUAUUCGUUGUAUUUGUUGAUUUAGAAGCUUGUAACCCUACUAAUGAUGUGUGAUAUUUUUGUUUGCAGGUGGUGGUAUUCAGCUAUGAUGUCAUUUGCAGGUUGGGUGAACCGUUGAUGUCACAAUAACGCACUAAAUGCAUCUUGUUAUAUUAAUCUUCGACCCUAAUUUUACAUGCUAAUAAUUUGGUGGGGGUUUAAUUUUGUUAUGGUGUAGAAAAAAUUAAUUAAACUGCAUCCAACCCUGUAGCUGGAUCUUAACAGAACUACGCAUGUGAGUAUGAUAUUAACUAUAAUCAGUUCAAGAUGCAUUAUGUUAGCACUAAACCUGCCUAUUACAGAUCUUUCUUUUGUCUUCAAAUAUUAUAAUACAUUAUUAAUUAUACAUUUAUUUACAUGGCAAGCCCAUAAUCAACUCUCUAGAACACAUUCGCUAUUUAAAAAAUGUAAUUUAAAAAUGGAUAAUCGAGAUUUUGUUUAUUAUCGGAGUCAUGAUUCUUGACAAUCGAGACUAUAUAGUCAAACCUUCAAAGACUCAUAUGUGCGCCCAGAAUAAAGUAAUUUGACUGAACUUUUCAAUAUAUUCAUUUUUUGUUUAUCUAUUUUUGAACUAGUUGGCAAGAGUGCGGCCAGCCCUUUAUCUAAAUCUUACAUAAUGCAUCUUUAAUAUAUUUCAGAGUAGCUUCCUUUACUAAUGUAUGUAUCUUGCUUUAAAACAUUUAACCGCAUAUUAAUAUUUCCUAUAUCAAUUUUGCACGUUGUUAGCAUAAUUAUAAAUAUGAAACCAAAACCACUAAAUUUUCUUCUUGAACAUAACCUUUGUGGUCAUUGUGGUCAUUUUACAUGUUUUUUAAACAAUGUAUUUAAAUGGCUUUCAAUUUUCUAAUGGCAUUUUUAUUAUAGAAUAUAGUAAUAAAUGUUCAUUCUAGAAAAUCUAAAACUUUUGUUCUACAAAUAGAACUUGAUCGUGAUCACAAAGAAUAUCCCAAAUCACCUUAGUGUUUAGCUUUCCAGAUACUUUGUUUUUGUAACUGUGUGUGCGUGUGUGUGUUUAGGGUUCCACUGGUUUAGCACAGUUUAAAGUUUUUUGGGGAGGCUGUUUCUAUAUAUUUCACAGAGUUAUGUAUUUUUCUUUUGUUUGUAUUUUAAUCUAUUUGUGAGGACAACCUUUGGUUUAGACUUUGAAUUAACAUCGUGUGUGCUAGAUAGUAGAAAUGGGAUAGAUUUUCGCGUGUUAUGUGUGUAGAUUAGCUGGUUAGUAGUAUUUUCAUAUUACGUAUUGUAAACAAUAUGUAUUGAGUUAAUUUAAAUCAUUUACUUUUUUUUAGUUGUUGUUAAAUUUCAUUACUGUUAGAUUAUUGUCUUCGUAUAGUUUUUAGAAUUUAAUUUAUUGUUAUAUGUAUAUUAAUUUCAAUUAGUUUCUAUCGUUGUUAGAGCCUUUCGUGUUGUAUAUUGCAUAUUGGUUAUACACAUAUAUAUAUUUCAUUCAGAAACACUUACACAUAUUUAUACCUGUUUACAUGUUCCUUUUUUCAAAAUUGCUGAACAAAGUUUGUUCACGUUCAUAUUUCUGUAAGCAAAAUAAUACAAUAUACAAGUUACACACCGAACGGUACACAUUCUAUUAUACUGGUGAGAAUUAAGAAAGCACCAAUGGAUUAGAAUAUACUGAUAGAUCAUGGUGGAUAAAGUUACUGCACCAAUCCCCUACACAAUGGUACAAGUACGGAUGAUUUGAUGGUAUUGGUACAACGACCAGAUAGUCUUGGUACAGCUACUUCCUAACAACUACUACAACUGUCAAAACUACAACUGGGUGCUUUGUGGUAGAUUAUUUGCUGGUACAACUACCUAUUGAUAGAUUACUUGAUGAUAUCACUACCUCCUGAUAGAUUACUUGAUGGUAAAACUAAAACACCUCUUAGAUUUUUGAAUGGUCCACAUUUACCUCCUGACAUAUUAGAUAAUGGCACCUCUUGGCGGAUUACUUGAUGUUUAAAUUAAAAGAUUACAUGAUGGUUAUUCUAUAAUAUUAUCGAUGUUACAACUCCCUGCAUGAGAGUAAUCCAAAAUCAGUCUUGAAUAGUCAAAUGGUGCAACUCCUGUGUUCGGACAACUCGAUGGUAUAGCUACCCGAAUAAAUACAGUGGUAAACGAACGAAAACAGAAAUUGUAGAAGUAUCAAGAGUUUCAGAGGUGUUUAGAUGUGGAUAACACAAAGACUAUAUCUAUACUAUGACUGUCUAUUAAUAUAUAGCUAAUAUUAUAUUAAAUUGUGUAAUAUUUUUGUACAUAAUAUAUAUUGAAAGUUAAAAAUCAUAACAAACAUAACAUGAAUAAUUUAAUUAUAUGUGUUUAAAAUGUUUUGUAUAUAUUUUAGGAUCAAUGUCCUUCACUAAUAUUAACGUUUUAUGUUGCACGAUGAAACCUGAAUGUUAUCGAUCAUAUCAGCAACUUUAAGUAUACAUGUACAUAUUUCAGAAUUGAGUUUUAAAUUUAUACAUUAUUAUUGUGAUAUGUUUCAAAUAAACGACUAAAUCUCAUUAAACAAAUAGGCGUCUAUUCCUCUAAGAAA